AUGGAGCAGCCUUCAGUAACAAACCAUGAGAAUCAUCAGGACAUCAGGAGGUGUAAGAUUAACCACUGUCUGAAACCAGGCCACACCCUCUCACCUUUCUCAGGUGUUCUCCUGACGCUGACGCUGUUUCUCACGCUAGUUCAGUUUUCCUCGCCGUGUCCAGCUUCCUGUAUCGUCUGCUCUGAAGACGCCAUCAUCUGCAAUAAGCUCUCCAACAUUGUAGAAGCUCCAGACUCAACCAAGGCCUUGAUGCUGACCGGCGGACUGAUCGACACCGUGAGCAGCAUCGUCUUCUCAAGCUCCUCCAACAUGAGCGUCCUGGCGCUUAGCAACAACCUCAUCACUACCAUCCAUUACAACGCUUUCCAAAACCUCACUGCGCUCAGAACGCUAAUGCUGGACCACAACCUCAUCUCCACCCAGGCCCUAAACAUGUCCACCUUCUCCUGGCUCCGUCAGCUGGAGACGCUCCACCUGGGGAACAACGCUCUGAGGGACAUCAGCGGCUCCUGGUUUCAGAACGCCGGGGCUUUGAGAACGCUGCUACUGGAGGGGAACCUAAUCACCAGCAUCGACUCGUCUACGUUUGCGUCUUCUGACCUCAGAAACCUGGAGAUCUUGGAUUUGUCGGACAAUCUCGUUGCAUAUUUGGGCAGGAACAGCUUCCGGAGUCUUCCGCGACUGAGGAGUCUGGAUCUGUCGCGCAACAAACUGCAGAAUGCGCCCGAUGCGUUCUCCUACCUCACCUGGCUGUCGAUGCUAAACCUGGACUAUAACCGUUGGAACUGUACCUGUCAGCUAAGGGAGCUAGCGUCGUUCCUCAGCAGCUACGUCCAGUCUCCGGACAGGGUGCUGUACAACGGCCAGCGGUUAGCAUGCACGAGUUCUGACAACCCAGCAGUGCAGACGGUGCUGGAGCUAACCGAUGCUAACUGUGUAGCUGCUAACAGCAACAUCACAGUGACGGCCGUCGCUAAGGGUUCGAUCACUCCUCGGCGCUACGUCAGGGACAUCGCCGUCACUGCUGCCUGUUCCUUUCUGGGUGGUGUUGGGAUUACGCUUGGCAUCUUUGCGUUGGCUUACAGGAGUCUUGGUAAGAGAUUUAGACUUUUAAAAGACAAGAACGACGCUGAGGAACGUUGCAGCCAGGCUUCUGUCCAAUGGGAAGUCUCUGAGGGUAAGGAGGCUCUGUCCAUGGCCUGUUCACUCCAUAACAGUAAUUACAGAGGUCAUCAACCCUGGACCAAAGACAACAACGGAGACACAACGGAGAACCAGUUCAUCUGCCACAACUGCAGCUCAACAACACUCGGCACAGGCUACCAGGAGGGCGGGAAAAGGGGAGGAGCUUUAUUACAGGGAGCCAAUCACAUGGGGAUACAGUAUAACAGGAGGCAAAGCUGGUCAGCACCUGUGGAAAGUGACCGGUGGAAAGAAACCAAAGACGAUGCUGUGCAACAGUCCAGAAUUAAAGAUAUUAGAGCUCAAAGAUGUGUUGAAAGAGGAAACGUCAGUCCGAACAGGCAACGUCUUCAUCUUCCUGCUCAAGAGAACGUUCAAGGUGGAGUUUCGACCGACAUGGCAACCAUGAGAAUGCAGCAGUUAGCUCUUCGGCGGCAAAUAUCAGUUUCCCAGAGACAAACGUUUACACCUAAGGACCAGAUCCAUCAGAGAACUCAAGGGAAUCAUAUUAAUAACAUCUCGAUUUUGAAGCAGCAUCAUGAGGAAUACGGCGGUUUACCGGUUUAUCAAACCAUUAAUUGCUUGCACUGCCAUCAGACUUAUGAAUACAGGCAAGCUGAGCAUGAAAACCAGGAUACUUUGUUCAUAAAUCAUAAUGAAGGUGGUCUACCAGGCGAGAAGAAGGUAUCUGAGACGGUUCUGUUCAGAGACAGCUUAAAUUACCAGUCUACCACAGAAAACCAAGGUCGAGAACAAAGAAGCGUUACGUUUGACUUGUCGGGGUCCUUGAAGAACACCUUUUUUGUACCUGAUAAUAAAAACAAGGACGACGAGGCGCCUUAUAGAUUCAACAAGAUCAAAAUGUCCAAAGCUCCAGAUCUGAAAAACAACCUUAAAUCAGGGAAAACGUCCACCAAAUUACACAAUUCUAGCGAACGCAAGCUGAGAAAAACCUCGAAAAGCCAUAAACCUUCAACCCAGUUGAGCCGAAAAUUGAAGGUCAAGCUAAAUCUGAACCCUCUUCGGCGAAAUCGGAUUCACUCCAUUUCCAGUCAUGAGGAGAACGAUGCAGAUCAGACGCAAGUCAAGAGUAAAAAAGGUAAAAAUCUGAAAUCUAAGAAAGAUAAAUCAAGCAAGAAGUCUGGAAGUAAUGGAAGAAAGGAUGCAAAGGGGUCCGAAAACUCUGACGACAGCGAUAAUGAAAAUGAAAAUGAAAACGAAGAAGAGAUUAAAGAAGAAGAAGAAGAAGAAAAUAACAAGAGCAAAAACAAAUCAUCUAAACGAAAAGCAUCAAAGAAAAACGAUGAAAAACCAAAAAGAAUCGAUAAAAAGGACGAUAGCAACAUUUUAAACUAUCAAAAUGACGCCAACGUUCCAGCCAAUGGAGAAAAUCAAGCCGAUGCUAAUGCUAACAGCUCUGAAACUCAAGGUUCAGAUCUUUCAACAGCAAUGGCACCAAACACAGACCCAAACCUGCCAAUAGGCACAAUGGAACCAACCAACGAUCCACAGGAAGUUCCAGGGGAAAGUUCUACCGCGUCCCCAACGUCCACAGCGCCCUCUGUUGUCCAGGAGUAUCUGUCGUCUGGUGACGGCUCCCCAAAGAGGAGGAUUAGACUGAUAAUACCUGAGAAACCCACCAGCAGACCUCAGACUGCACUGGAGAAGAAGAUCAGAUAGCAG